GUGGACGGAGCGAGCCCAGUGCAGCUCUAACCCGGGGCGAGAGCGGAGGGUAGCGGCAGGACCACGGUGCACUGGGUCCUAACGUCCUCCACGUCCCCCCUGAAGGAGAAACUCCAACCUGAAGCGCUCUAACUUUGUGUUUCUCGUGUGAGGACCCCCGAAAAAAAUCGACCGAAAAAAAUCCCCUUUUUUUUUUUGGAUGGACCUGCUGGGAGCUCCGGGGAGCUGAGGGGGGACCCCUGGAUGGGACGGGGGGGCCCGGGAGAUGGAAUACGUCGUUCCGAGGGUUUCCGAGUUGGACGUGAUUGAGCGGGCGGGCGGCGGCGGCGGCGGCGGCGGCGGGACGGGGUCGGAGAGGGCGGGCGAGGGAUUAUGAGCCAGAGCGGCGGUUUGUGGUUCCAUCAGCAGGGCUCUUCCCCCGGCGGCCGAGGUCUCUCACCGGCGUUUGACUUCUUCUUCCUCCUCCAUCUUGGCGUGAUUGAAAUGGCGAGGAGUGGGUGCGCGGUGUCACGCGACCCGUGAGCCCAGUGACAGGGAGGAGACAUGGAGCAGCAGCGAGUGGAGCUGUGACCUUCUGCCGGGAUGCCGUGGCUCCGUCAGGGCGCGAGCCGUCACAGACGCUGCCAGCACUGCUGCGGCUGCUGAGGUAGAGACUCUAACAAGUGCAGAGGAACGGAGAGAAGGAGGAAAAGAAAGAGGAGAAGAAGAAGAGAGAGAGAUAGAGAGACCGAGGAGAGGACACGGAGCAACAGAGGACAGAGAGGAAGGAGAGAGAGACGGUACGAGAUCACAGAGGGCUGGGACGUCUCAGGAUGGGAGGUUCGCAGGAGGAUUGUCAGAGCAGGCAGUAGGCGACUGAGAUGGGCGUUCGUCCAGGACCCCUGAGCGACUCCCUGUGGUGGCCGCCGCCGCCAUCACGCCGCCCCCCGCUACGACUCCUCCCUCUCCUCCUCCUCCUGCUGCUCACCGGCGCCCCCUGCUGCCGCGCCCGGCCCUUCGGCGUGCCCACGCCGGCGGUGAACGUGGCGGUGGUGUUCAGCGGCUCGGCCUACCAGCAGGAGAUCAAGGGCCGGCUGAGCCGCGAGAACUUCCUGGACCUGCCGCUGGAGGUGAACCCCAUCACGGUGCUGGUGAACAACACCAACCCCCGGGCGCUGCUCACGCGCAUCUGCGACACGCUCACGGCCAACCGCGUGCACGGCGUGGUGUUCGAGGACAACGUGGGCUCGGAGGCCGUGGCCCAGAUCCUGGACUUCAUCUCCACGCAGACGGCCGUGCCCAUCGUGGGCAUCAGCGGGGGCUCUGCCGUCGUGCUGCCCUAUAAGGUGGGGACCUACGAGAUGGGCAUCCUGCAGAUGCGCUACCCGGUGUGGCCGCGCUACGGCACCUACCUGGAGCCGGUGUCGGACAACCGCCACCUGACCGUGGCCACGCUGGAGGAGCGGCCCUUCGUCAUCGUGGAGUCGGUGGACCCCGUCACUGGGACCUGCGUCAGCAACACCGUACCCUGCCGCCGGCAGUCCAACAAGACCGAAACCAUUGUGGGCCACACAGAGCCCUACACCAAGCUGUGCUGCAAGGGCUUCUGCAUCGACAUCCUGAAGAAGCUGUCGCGCAACAUCAAGUUCUCCUACGAUCUGUACCUGGUCACCAACGGCAAGCACGGCAAGCUGGUCCGCGGGAUCUGGAACGGGAUGAUCGGCGAGGUGUUCUACAAGCGUGCAGACAUGGCCAUCGGCUCGCUGACCAUCAACGAGGAGCGCUCCGAGAUCAUCGACUUCUCCGUGCCCUUCGUUGAGACGGGUAUCAGCGUCAUGGUCGCCCGUAGCAACGGCACCGUGUCCCCCUCCGCCUUCCUGGAGCCCUACAGCCCGGCCGUCUGGGUGAUGAUGUUCGUGAUGUGUCUCACCGUCGUGGCCAUCACCGUGUUCGUGUUCGAGUACUGCAGUCCUGUCGGCUACAACCGCAGCCUCAUCUCCGCCAAAGAUCCCGGGGGCCCCACCUUCACCAUCGGCAAGUCGGUGUGGCUGCUGUGGGGCAUCGUGUUCAACAACUCGGUGCCCAUCGAGAACCCCAAGGGCACCACCAGCAAGAUCAUGGUGCUGGUGUGGGCCUUCUUCGCCGUCAUCUUCCUGGCCUCCUACACGGCCAACCUGGCCGCCUUCAUGAUCCAGGAGCAGUACAUCGACACCGUGUCCGGCCUCAGCGACAAGAAGUUUCAAAAGCCGCAGGAGCAGUACCCUCCGUUCCGCUUUGGGACGGUCCCAAAUGGCAGCACGGAGAGGAACAUAAGGAGCAACUACCCGGAGAUGCACUCGCACAUGGUCAAGUACAACCAGAAAGGGGUGGAGGACGCCCUGAACAGUCUGAAAACAGGGAAGCUGGACGCGUUCAUCUACGACGCGGCCGUUCUGAACUACAUGGCCGGCAAGGACGAGGGCUGCAAGCUGGUGACGAUCGGCAGCGGAAAGGUCUUCGCCACCACGGGCUACGGCAUCGCCCUGCAGAAGGAGUCCCGGUGGAAGCGUCCCAUCGACUUGGCGCUGCUUCAGUUCCUAGCAGAUGGCGACACGCAGAAGCUGCAGACGGUGUGGCUGACAGGCAUCUGUCGCAACGAGAAGAAGGAGGUGAUGAGCACCAAGCUGGACAUCGACAACAUGGCCGGGGUGUUCUACAUGCUGCUGGUAGCCAUGGGGCUCAGCCUGUUGGUCUUCUCCUGGGAGCACCUGCUCUAUUGGAAGCUGCGGCACUCGGUGCGCGACUCGGACCGCCUCGACUUCCUUCUGGGCAUCAGUAGGGGCAUCUACAGCUGCUUCAACGGCGUGGAGGAGAGCGACCACAACGGCAGCCUGCAGAACCCCGACGUCACGGCCAACUACACGCAGGCCAACAUGCUGAAGAUGCUGAGGACGGCCAAGGACAUCGUGUCGUCGGCGCGCGUGGAGAACUCCCUGGACAACGCCACCAAGACGCUGGAGAGCUGGAGCCGGCGGGGCGGGGCCGACGGUGCGCGGGUCGCCGGCCCGCCGGCCCGCAUCGCCACCUCGGCGGCGGACAUGUGCCAUGUCGGCGGCCGCGUGCCCUACAUCUCCAGCAUCUCGGACCACCCGCCCAUGUUCCCCCAGAGGUCGCUCACGCCGACCCUGCCCGGCGGCGGGGGGGGCCACUACGGGGACAGCGGGCUGGUCCAGCCCCUGCUGCUGGACCAGGCCCGGGGCCGGCCCGUCCCGCUGCGCUACACCCUCCCGGCGCGGGGGGGCGCGGCCGCCGGCCACAUGCUGGAGAGGACCCUCCCCAUCUCCAGCCUCAGCAGCCCCCACCUCGCCAUGCGGGACCCGGGCACCCCCGGCGGCGCCGCCCCCCACCCCCACCACCACCACCACCACCUGCUGCACCACCACGGGGGCAGCGGGGGCCGGCUCUACCUGGACGGCCAGCCCCGGCACCACCACCACCUCCCGGUCGCCGCCGCCGCCGCCGCCACGGCCGCCUCCUCCUCCGCCUACCUCCCCUACCGGGAGUUCCAGGUGCCCGACAUCUACGUGGAGCACCGGGGGGCGCUGCGCCGGAAGUUCAGCUACCCGCCCGACUGCGUGAGCCGCAAGAAGCGGCCGCACAGCUACGUGUUUGACGGCGGGCCGCGGCCCAACGACUACGACGAGCCCACCGCCUGCCUGGCCGAGCUGCGGGCCAAUCACCUGCUGGGGAACCACGCCCCCCUGGUGGCCACCGCCACCGCCGCCGCCGCCGCCGCCGCUCACUACCCGGGCCACGCCGCCAGCUGCAACUCCUGCAUGAAGCCGUACCUGGAGGCGUACCCGGAGCCCGACGGGGACGACGCGCCGCUGCUGGGGAUGGACAAGAUGAACCGCCGCGCCUCCUUCCUCAAGGCCACCUGGGGCGGCGACCGCAUCCGGCAGGUGGACGAGACCAAGGCCUCGGCGGGGGCGGGGGCGGGCGCGGCGGGGGCGUCGGCCUCCCCGGCCACCCGGGCGCUGGUGGGGGAGGUGCCGGACCUGUUCCCCCGCGGCGUGGUGACGGCGGCGCGGGCCAAGCAGCCCAAACACCACGCGGCCCAGCGGCACAAGAUGUACGGCAGCCUGGGCAACAACCUGUCCUGCUUCCCCCUGGCGGCCGAGCCCGCCUACCUGGACCCCGCCCACAUGGGCUCCUUCCCCUACAAGCAGAAGCUGCGCUACUACGAGUCCACGGGCCGGCUGCCGUCGUACCGCGAGGCGCUGCUCCACAACCUGCCGCCCACGGCCGCCGCCACCGCCACCCUGCGGCGCUCCUCGUCCUCGGCCACCGUGGUGCACAGACACUACUCCACCUACCUGAACGCCUACACCGACCUGCCCGUGUACGUGGGGCCGCUGGCGCAGGGCCACGCCCACUUCUACGACGCCACCAAGGACGCCUGCCACCUGUUCCCCUGCGGCGGCGGCGGCGGCGGCGGGCUGGGCCACGCCCACUGCCCCGAGACGGUGGCGUUGGCGCAGGCCCGCGCGGCCGCCGGGGGCGGCGGCGGUGGCGGCGGGGCGGACAGGGGGGCAUCGGCGGGGGGGCCAGGCCAGAACAGCGUGCUGAUGCGGAGCUACGACGGCUCGGGGACGCGGGAGGAGCUGGGAGGGGCGUGCGGGAACAGGGAGAGGCGGCAGGUGCUGGUGGCCCACCGGGUGAACAUUGUGCCAAAGCCCUGGGGGAGGGUCUCCAGCCUGGAGUCCGAGGUGUGAGUGGACCCCUGAUGCCUCCCCUAGACUCAGCCCUGGGUCUCCGGUCAGAGGUCGGGGGGUCACCAUGCCUCCCCUAGACUCAGCCGAACGGUCUCCAGUCUGGAGUCAAAGGUGCGGGGUCUCCAGUCUGGAGCCAAGCCUCCUCUAGACUCAACACUCUGGAUUUAGAGGCUUGAGGAGGAAGAGGGUCCUCUUCAUCCUCUGCUCAAAGCAAAAAUCGAAACUGUUCCAGGAACCGGGAGGACGCUGCUCUGCACGUUGGUGCAAUAACACCCCUGGCUGCAGUGAGAGAGUACAUGGGAGUACUUGCUCCAAAGGGGGGUCUGAGGAGUCGAGGGAUGGAGGGAGAGGUGUACCGAGGGAGGGAGGGACGGCUAUACUGCGGGUGGUGUGGGAGAGGUGGACUGAGGGUGGGGUGGAAGCCAGAGGAGAGUACGAUGGACGGAUAUGUAACGACCGUGGGACUGCGUCAU